AUGAUGUACAAUGACCCUCAUAACCCUCAGCACCAGCACCCGUAUCAACAACAGCAGCAGCAACAGCAUUUUCACCAUCCGCAGCCAGGUAUGGAAUUCCACCGUGGACCUCCUCCGCCGAUGCCUCAGCAGCCUCCACCUAUGAUGCGGCAACCUUCCGCUUCUUCCACUAACAUCGCCCCGGAGUUUCACCAUCCCGGACCUGGAGGCCCCCCAGGUCCUCCUCCUCAUUACGAUGUUCAUAAUGAUAUCCAUGGUGCAAAAAGAAUGAGAAAGCUCACUCAGAGGAAAGCAGUUGAUUAUACGAGUACAGUUGUGCGCUAUAUGCAAAUACGUAUGUCGCAGCGUGAUUCAAGAGAUAGGACAGUACUGCAAUCUACCCCAGCAGCAGCAAUUGAUAUGUUGCCAGCAGCUGGCUAUUCAGACAAUCCAUCCACAAGCUUUGCUGCUAAAUUUGUUCAUACAUCUCUAAAUAAAAAUCGUUGUCCUAUCAAUCGUGUUCUUUGGACUCCUACAGGUCGGCGUCUCAUUACCGGCUCACAGACCGGAGAAUUUACUCUUUGGAAUGGGCAGUCUUUUAAUUUUGAAAUGAUACUUCAGGCUCAUGAUCAAGCAAUCAGAUCCAUGGUCUGGAGUCACAAUGACAACUGGAUGGUCUCUGGUGAUGAUGGGGGAGCAAUAAAGUAUUGGCAGAACAACAUGAACAAUGUUAAAGCCAACAAAUCUGCUCAUAAAGAAUCAGUCCGUGACUUGAGUUUCUGUAGGACAGAUUUGAAGUUCUGUUCGUGUUCUGAUGAUACCACAGUUAAAGUAUGGGAUUUUGCACGCUGUCAAGAAGAGUGUUCAUUAACUGGCCAUGGUUGGGAUGUGAAGAGUGUUGACUGGCAUCCAACAAAGUCUCUAUUAGUAUCAGGUGGGAAAGACAAUCUUGUGAAACUUUGGGAUGCUAAAAGUGGGAAAGAGCUUUGCUCAUUUCAUGGCCACAAAAACACCGUGCUUUGUGUAAAAUGGAAUCAAAAUGGAAACUGGGUAUUAACGGCGUCUAAAGAUCAAAUAAUAAAGCUUUAUGACAUAAGGGCAAUGAAAGAGCUUGAAUCAUUCCGUGGACACCGGAAGGAUGUUACUACUUUGGCUUGGCAUCCAUUCCAUGAAGAGUACUUUGUCAGUGGGAGUUAUGAUGGUUCCAUCUUCCAUUGGCUUGUUGGGCAUGAUACUCCACAAAUUGAAAUUUGCAAUGCUCAUGAUAAUAAUGUGUGGGAUCUUGCUUGGCAUCCUAUUGGAUACCUUCUUUGCAGUGGUAGCAGCGAUCAUACAACAAAGUUUUGGUGCAGAAACAGGCCGGGAGACAGUGCUCGUGAUAGAUAUAACAAUGGCAUGUCAGGAUAUCCUGAGCAAAAUCCUGCUGCUGGUCGCGUGGGUGGUAGUUUUGCAAUACCCGAAGGCCCAACAACUCCAGGGCCAUUUGCCCCUGGGCUGACUCGAAACGAGGGUACAAUUCCAGGUGUUGGAGUUGCAAUGCCCCUGUCUAUUCCUUCUGUUGAUGGGCCUCAAGGGGAGCAGAAGCAGCCCCAUCCUGGUUCAAUGGGUGCGCCUCCUCUUCCCCCAGGUCCGCAUCCCUCUCUUCUUAACCCCAACCAGCAACAACCAUUCCAACAGAAUCCACAGCAGAUUCCACAACAUCAGCACCAGGCACUAUCACAACAGAUGGGUCCUUUGCCUAUGCCUCCAAAUAUGCCACAGCUACAGCAUCCUUCCCAUUCUCCCAUGGUUCCUCACCAACAUUUGCCCCGCCCUCCCCCCCAAAUGCCACAUGGAAUGCCAGGAUCUCUACAAGUACCUGCUUCUCAUCCAAUGCAAAUCCCAGGACCUAUGGGGAUGCAAGGUGGAAUGAAUCAGAUGGGUCCUCCAAUGCCACAAGGUCAUUAUGUGGGCAUGAAUCAAAUGCAUUCAGGUCCCUUGCCAGCAAGUGGAGGGCCACCUCUUGGUGGUUUCCCAAACAACAUGCAAGGGCCAUCAAACACCAGCUAUCCUCAAGGUGCUCCGUUUAACCGACCACAAGGUGGACAAAUGCCCAUGAUGCAAGGGUAUAAUCCUUACCAGUCUGGAAAUCAGUCAGGGAUGCCACCAAACGCACAACCAGGGGGGCCACAUUCUCAAAUGCCUCAAUAA